CGGCAAUCUUGAACCGGAGCCUAAUGCCCCGCAUAAAACGCCUUUUCCUGCGCGAGGCAGUACCAUCCAUGAUGUCCGAGCUCCCUUCUGUAGUCGUAUAUCGUUAUGAUGCUUCUCCGUUUUCAGUAAAGGUUGACAACGUCUUGUUACUCAAAAACGUACCUCAUCAUAAAGUCAAUGUCGCCUCAUUGCUCCCGCGACCUGAGAUCAAGGAUCUGCUUGGUCUAGGAUACAGGCGCAUCCCCGUGUUGGCCAUCGGAAACGAUGUCUACUGUGACACUAGUUUGAUCUGCUCCGCUCUAGAACGAAGAUUUCCUACCACUAAGGACUAUGGCACCAUAUUUCCUCCGAGAAAGCAGGGCGGCAGCCCAGACACGACUCUUAUCAAGACAUUCACCAAGAACUAUGUCGAUAGCGUAGUGUUUCCCCUCGCGCCUCCUCUCCUUCCGUGGGAGAAGUUCCCAGAAGCAUUCAUUAGGGAUCGAUCAUCGAUGAGUGGUCCCAUAUCUGUCCCUGCCAUGGUGGCUGCGCGCGGGAGGUGCCUCAGUCUUCUAUCAGCACAUCUGGCCUUGACUGAGGAACAACUCUGCGAUGGAAGAGAGUGGCUAUUCGACACUACUUCUCCCAGUCUCGCCGAUAUCUCUCUUCACGUUGUAUAUUCUUGGGUCAAGUCCUUCCGGAGGCUCGAAACUAAAGCCCUCUUCGACGAGCACAAGUUUCCACAUGUCAUAAACUGGCUUUCAAGAAUGACCAACCACCUUGAUACUCUUAGGACGCAGUUCGGUGUGCCCAAAUUCCAGGGGGAAGAAGCUGCAACCUCAAUCUCCGCUUCUCCCCAUGAACCUUAUGAUGUUGUUGGUUUUGAUGCUGCGGAUGGGGCCCGUCUCGGAUUCCAGCCGGGCGACCUCAUCUCCAUCGCACCGGACGAUACUGGUCGAAAUUUUCCGACGAUUGGGAAGUUGGUGGGCUUGAACUCAGAGGAGCUUGUGAUCGAAACUGAAGGGAAGUUUGGUAUCAUUCGGUGCCAUUUCCCCAGAAUCGGGUUCACCGCUUCGCCG